UGCACAUCCGUUAACGCAACUUGGAACUUUCUAUAUACCAAAGGAAAGUAAAGGUCUAUUUUGUAUCUCAGGUGAUGUCGAAUCCGUUUUACUAUGAAUUGGAAAAGCAACAGCUGGAGGAGCCUCUGAAUGAUAUCGAGGCCUUUCUUAACUGUGCACGGUACAACGACGACGGCGAUAUCAACCUCCUUCAGGACUAUUUAGAUCGAAAUCCUGAGAAUAUUGACUCCCAGGAUAACCAAGGUCGUACGGCAGUGCACAUGGCCGCGGCGAAUGACCAUACGAAAAUUCUCGAAGUUCUUUUCCAGUUUAACCCACGACCAGAUUUGGCGAAUAUUGAGGGCAACACCGCACUGCACUUUUCUGCGCUUAACAACCGCGUCUCGGCGGCCAAACUACUCCUGAGAAAAGGAUGGAAAGCGAACGUGACGAAUAUUUUUAACCGCACACCGCUCCAUUUGAUUCAGGGAAAGGGGUUUGAGGAGAUGGAGACCGUUCUUUUAAGUCAUGAUCUUAGUCUAGAGGAGACGGGGAAUGCGAUAAUUAGCACUGAAACCGAAGACGAAUUUGAUUUGCAAUCUAAUGAAAUCCAAGAGCAUAAUGAUAAUGAAGAAGAAGAAGGCAAUAGGGCUAGGAAAUCGCAGACAGGAGAGAAGCUGAGUGGUGUGGGCUCGACUGCAGGCAUGACAAGUUCACCUGGGCCAAUUGAUGUUUCAAAAUUACCAGCACCCCCCCCCAAUAGCAACUCAUUUCUUGGAUCCUCAAACGUGGAUGAAGUUGAAUAGCUGAAAAGGAUAUUGAAAAGUUGGAGACUUUAAGAGGGCUAGUAUACCCCACCAUACAUAUCUUAUGUGUUCAAUAUUCCAUAAUGUCGGAUACAUAUGAGUAAAUUAAAAAAAAA